GCAAAAGCCAUCACACACACACACACAAAUCCACGUUCCAGCCUCUUCCCUGCUCUACCAACUAGCAUCCACGAUGUUGGGCUCGCAGUCAUGGUACACGGCACUGGCGAUCCCCACCGUCGUCAUUGGCGGAUUCGUUGCCACGCGCAAACGCCUCGCCUAUCAGUGGAGGGAGGAGCUGAUGGACAUGGAAGGUACGGCCUACCCCACCGUCACGGAUGCGGAUAUGGGGUACUUUCGUCGUGUGGCGCCCGCCACAGCCGUGGAGGCUGCGGAGACGCUGACAGCUACACGGAAAGGGCCCGUCAUGACGUCACCUCCGUUGGAUGCCUCUGCUGCUGCCGCGGGAGCGUUAGGGGUACAGCUCACCGCGCAGGACAAUAUCGGCAUGAGUGUGCGCAGCAACGCCCUACUUCCGGAGAUACGAAAUGUACUGCUAAAUGAGGUCCAGCGCUGGUCCCAGACACUCGGCAACUCACUCGAUCCGCGAAAGGUGACCGCCAUUGAAACGCGUUGGCAGGCAGCACUAGAAAACGAUGCCGCGUCGGCAGAGCAGCCGAAUGCUGCUUCUUCCUCUUCCUUGCGGAACUCUCAACCCAGCUCCACCGCUGCUGUCAAUCGAACACGCAGAGAGUGGACCUCGCGGUUCAACUUUGACUUUCUCCGCAGAGUGCGCGUCAUCGCCGAUCAUGCCGAGGACAUCCAGCCAAUGAAGGCGCCGUGGGGCUGCGGGGAUCACAUGCGCCUUGAGCAGAUGCCUGCCUCUCUACGCUAUUUGGUCCGCCACACACAGCAAGCCUUCGAGGGUAUGGGCCGACUCCGCCACGUGUACAUUGAGUAUUCGCCCACCGGGCAAUUUUUCCGCGCUCCUCGUCCACCGAAGAUGUACGACGGCCACGACUACGUCAUCAUCCCGCUUCGCCGCGACGGCUGCGACACGGUAGUGACGAUGAGCCCGGUGCUGCGGUCUCGCAUGAGCGACCUGCGUGAGGUGGCGCUGAACUCGUGGACGAGUCGCGACGUUGACGCCCUCGUCCCGCCAGGGUGCAUGCUGCGAGUGUACGGGACGGCACGGUACGAAUGGGGUUGGGGCGUGCGGCCAGGGCCGACGUGGUUUGGCAGCCGUCUGAACAGCGUUGCUGCUCCACUGCACACGAGUGCGUUAGCGAGUGGUGAUGCAGCGUCGCCACUGUGGAGCUGGCGGCGGUGGAGGCAGCCACUGUUUGCGUUGUGGAAGAGUGCAGGCCCUGUCUGCAACAGCAGCAUAUCGGCAAAGGCGUCGAGCGCACCGCGCGAUGCUGCGCUUAUCGUGUUGCACUAUGAAGGACCUCGAUCGAGCAACAAGCAGCGCUCUCUGCUGCUGCAACCGGAGAUUUGGAUCUUUGGUCAGCCACCUUCGAUUGAAACGUACGAGACGUGGUACGAGGACCGUCCCACCGCCGACUCCGUGAAAGAGGAAGGUUUGCUGCGGUUUAUGAUCCGCAACUACUUUGAUAUGCUCACCGUGAGCUGA